CGCCAAGUUUUUACAAUUAAAAUAAAUAUCGAUAUUUCGAUAUUCGAUUUUAUGAUACAGAGCCAUCUAUUGGUCACAUAAAAUGAUACGUUCAGGUUAUGCAUGUAUUGUACGAAGUUAUUGAUAUUAAUCCAAGAAAGAGAAUGAAUAUAUUUUCAAUUCUACAACCAAUGCAGAAAAUAUUAUCACUUCAUAGAAAUCUUAAUUGUUGGACAGCAGCAAUAACAAAAAAGCAUAGAAAACUAUAUUUAAAUACUUUUCCAGUGUACCUUGUUUUACCAGAUGGUAGUAGUAUUAACAUUGAGUAUGAAGAACCAAGAAAAAUAAUUACUCUUCCUCUUAAUCUUAAUACUCUUUCUCAAGAAGAACGUCAAAGUAGAUUGGAGAAACGUAAAAAAAUAGUUAAGGUAAAGAUAAUUGAGGAAUACCAAGAUGAAUUUGAUGAAACUCAAUUUUACAAAUAAUAUAUUGCAUUAUAUCAUUUAAAAUAUUAUACUUUCAUAUAUAAAAUAAAUUAUUCAAUUUUUUAUGUUUUUUUAAUUGUGAAUAAAUAUAAAUCUUAAACUAAUC